UGACCAGUCCUCCAUUGCGCGGUUAAGCGAUGGCUGCCUUUAAGCGCCAGAGGCGGGAGGGCCUGGGUGCCCUGAGUGCCUACAGCGAAAGCGAGGACAGCGAGAGCGACGGUCCGAGAGAGGGCGAAGAUGACGAGGCGGCGGCUGCGCGCGCGCUGGGCGCCCUGCGCGCCUUGGACCCCGGGUGCCUGGUGCACGGCAGCAGGGCCUUGGGCCUGGCGGCGGAGGGGGCGGACCUGGACGUGCUGACGGAGAAGCCCCUGGUGCAGCUGCUGAAGGAGGUGCGCCAGGCUCCGUGCCUGGAGCUGGUGGAGUUCAUCCCCCAGGCGCGGGUGCCCCGCCUGCUGCUGCGCCACAGGUCGACGUCGAUGCUGCUGGAUGUGGUGGAAAAGCGCCGGGACCCGCACGCCCUGGCGAAGGACGCUCUCGUUGCGCGCUGGCUGCGCCACGGGGUGGCCAAAGGCCUGGUGCUGCGGAUCCGCCGCUUCGCCGCUUCGCGCGAAGUGCGGCGACUGCUGCCGCGGGAGGAGGGCUACCCGAACUCCUUCCUCUUCACCCUCACCGGCCUCUGCUUCCUCGCGCGCCGCGGAACUCCGUGCCCGGACUGCUACGAGCGGUCGCAGCUGUCGGAGCCGUCAAAAGACGACGAGAAAGCGGAGGAGCUCUUUCGAGGUUGGUUGGCCUUCGUUUCGGACCCCUCGCCCAAACUCCUGGACCUUCGCACGGAGUCGGCCGCUUCGCCCGCGGAAGGCUGGAAGAUCGUGGAGCCCGUCACCGGCAGGACCGCCUGCUGCCUGAGCGGCGCACAGGCCCAAAGAGUGGCCGAGGCCGCCGCGCAGUAUUCGGCUCAUCUGGGCGGGGAAAAGGAGCGCUGCUUGGGCUGUGGUGGUUGCAGCUGGGCGAGACGCUGA